ACAUUUACUCUUCAAGAUCUCUCAAGUGAGACUCGCAAAAAGACAAAGCUUUGGGACCACAGUGAGAUACCUUCUGAGACAUGGUGUCUGCAGGAUUACAAAUCUUGGGCAUUGCCCUUGCCCUGAUUGGCUGGAUUGGAGCUAUCAUUACCUGCGCUCUCCCCCAAUGGAAGGUGACAGCGUUCGUUGGCAACAACAUCGUCACGGCUCAGACCACAUGGCAGGGAAUCUGGAUGGAGUGUGUGGUCCAGAGCACAGGCCAGAUGCAGUGCAAGGUUUAUGACUCCAUGCUGGCUCUUGACAGUGAUCUCCAAGCAGCCCGCGCCCUCACCAUCAUCUCCAUUCUCAUUGGCAUUCUUGCCCUCCUUAUAGCCAUCGCAGGGGGCAAGUGCACCAACUGCGUGGAGGAUGAGAGCUCCAAAGCCAAGAUCUGCAUUGCAGCCGGCGCCAUUUUCAUCAUUGCUGGUGUUCUGUGCCUUGUGCCUGUUUCCUGGACAGCAAACACCGUCGUAAGGGACUUUUACAACCCAAUGAUGGUCAGUUCAAUGAAAAGGGAGCUGGGAGCAUCACUUUUUAUCGGAUUACAAAUCUUGGGCAUUGCCCUUGCCCUGAUUGGCUGGAUUGGAGCCAUCAUUACCUGCGCUCUCCCCCAAUGGAAGGUGACAGCGUUCGUCGGCAACAACAUCGUCACGGCUCAGACCACAUGGCAGGGAAUCUGGAUGGAGUGUGUGGUCCAGAGCACAGGCCAGAUGCAGUGCAAGGUUUAUGACUCCAUGCUGGCUCUUGACAGUGAUCUCCAAGCAGCCCGCGCCCUCACCAUCAUCUCCAUUCUCAUUGGCAUUCUUGCCCUCCUUAUAGCCAUCGCAGGGGGCAAGUGCACCAACUGCGUGGAGGAUGAGAGCUCCAAAGCCAAGAUCUGCAUUGCAGCCGGCGCCAUUUUCAUCAUUGCUGGUGUUCUGUGCCUUGUGCCUGUUUCCUGGACAGCAAACACCGUCGUAAGGGACUUUUACAACCCAAUGAUGGUCAGUUCAAUGAAAAGGGAGCUGGGAGCAUCACUUUUUAUCGGUUGGGGUGCCUCUGCCCUCCUCAUCCUGGGUGGUGGACUUCUCUGUGCAAACUGCCCUCCCAAAGAUAACUACCCUGCCAAGUACACAGCUCCUCGUUCAUCUGCUCCAAAGGACUACGUCUGAGAGGGUUGAGAGACUGAGAAGAGACUAUGAUUCAUUUCUGAAACCACUUUAAACUAUUGUUUUUCACAGUGAUUGAGUUGUUUUCAGGAUUUAGUCUGAUGCUUUCAUGCUGAGCUCCGGCUCUUUGUUUCAUCAUGAAAACAAGACGGUGACCACGCCUGAAUAACUGUAACUGCAGUGCAGAAUGUUUGAGAAGCAAGGAAGAAAAUGACGACAUAUGUUCAGGAACAACUUUUCUUGUUUUACUUUCAUAUAUAGUAUUGUUAUUUUUUUAAAAUGCAUUUCAUUUGUUUUUAUUAAUUUCAUGCAUUUGUUCUUGUUCAAAUAUUUCAUUUUAAUGUCCCUGUUAUAAAGAAAUCUGUCUUAAGUUGUAAAUAAAGAUAUUUUCCAUUAAUACUCAGA